CUCCCCCCUCCCCCUGUUUAGACUUUUCCCUCUUUUUCAUUCAACUGAACACUGAUUGUUAGUUCUUCACCGGCGCGGUGAUGCUGCUACAGCCGCCGUCUUACUCCGCCGUCUGAAAAAAAUCCCCAAUUUCGAAUUAAGAAGGUAUAUAUGGCUUCUAAUAAACCUCGUACCGCUAGUUUCUCGCGCAAUUUUUCUUCACCGGCCCCACAGAUUCCCGGUCUGAAGCAUGGUCCAAACGGGACCACGUUUCUUUCCUCUGGCAUUCCAGAUCUCGACAAGAUUUUGGGAGGCGGUUUUGUUUUGGGAAGUCUAGUUAUGGUUAUGGAAGACCCCGAAGCGCCUCAUCAUAUGUUAUUGUUGAGAAAUUUUAUGUCACAAGGACUUGUUCAUCACCAGCCUCUUAUUUAUGCGAGCCCCGCAAAAGAUCCGAGAGGGUUUCUUGGCACUCUGCCUAAUCCGGUGGGCCCCAAGGAAGAUAAAUCCCGUGUCCAUGAGACUGAGCAGGAGAAGCUGAGAAUUGCUUGGCAAUACAAGAAGUAUAGUGGGGAACAUAACUCGGAUUCUCGGAGAGAUGAAAAGUCAGAGUUCUGCAGCGACUUUGACUUGCGAAAGCCACUGGAGAGGCACUUCUUUAGUGGACAACUUAUCGAUUGCGUUACUCUUAAUGAUUCUGCCGAUCUUGCCUCCUUUCAUCAACGUUGUUCGGCCUUCUUAUCUCAAACUCCUCGUAAUGAAAACAUGACAGGUGGCCGUAUUGCUAUCCAGUCGCUGUCACCUCAGUGUGAAUUUUCCAACAAUGAAUGGGAGAUGCUUUCUUUUGUCAGAUCUCUAAAAAGUGUGUUAAGAUUGUUAAACGGAGUUGCAGUUAUAACCUUUCCACCUUCUCUCGUUUCGGGAACCUUCUCGAAAAGGAUGCAGCAUUUGGCCGACACCUUAGUUUCUGUCAAAGCCAUUCCAGACGAAGACAAGGAACUUGCCAAGCUUCUUACAGGAUAUCAAGACAUGGUUGGCCUUCUUAACGUGCACAAAGUGGCACGAAAUAAUACACAGGUACCUGCAAUUUUAGAGGCAACGACAUUCUCAAUGAAAUUGCAGAAACGGAGAUCCUUAGUUUUGGAAUGUCUAAACCAGGCACCCGUUGAUGGUUCAAGCGGGACCUCUUAUGGUUCUUCUGGUACUUGUUCAUCUGGUUCGUCCAAAGCAGGGGCCCUUGAUUUUUAGAUUAGUACAAUUCAUCCGAUAUUUUAUUUUCGUUUUUUCUUAAUUUAAAAAAAAAUAAAAAAUGCUCUCAUGUUGCAGCCAACCCCUCGCGCAACAAUUUUCUUGCCGUAGCGAAUUAGAACAGAUGUCAACAUGCAACUCUAUGUUUAUAUACUAUGUUUUAGAUUGCUGUAGUUAACAAUAGAAAGCAUUAUUUGCUUUAUUUGUUUUAUUAUUUUAUUUUAU